UCCAGAAUUCCCUACAGUGUACCAGACUGACGAGGAGCAGGAGAGACUGAUGAGAUUGUACCAGGACCUUCACAGCGCCUUGCACCAUCCAACAAGACCUCUUCGCACUUUCUACCGCUGUGGUGAAACUGAAAACAUGCUGGCCCAGGUGACCAGCGGCUUUGAGCUCUACCUCUGCUUCAGUCCGUUGGCCACCAAAGCCAUGGCAGUCGCUGCCGUCAACAAGCUGCUGAAGUGGAUCAGGAAAGAGGAAGAUCGCCUUUUCAUCCUGAGUCCCCUCACAUACUGAGACCCAAAGCUUUAUGCAGAACCAGCAGCCCCUGCUCUAGUAACCACGCAAGCUUAUCGAGCUUCAAUUCCCUUUAUUUCUGCUAAUUAACUCUAAUCUCUGAGGGGAACUGAAGCAGCAUUUUAGCUGGAUACAUUUUUAUAACUUUUAAUUUCUGUCAUCCCUGGUGGAGCUCCACAAAAACAUGUGGCGUUUGCAUGCUGUUCAAGUUCUUAAUAAAAACAGCAGUUUCUUUUAUUUUAAAUACUAUGAAUUGAACUCUUAGAUAUUUAAAUCCAUGAGAAAACGCAUGUUGACGCAGUGGAAUGUAGUUUCUUGUUUUGACCUGCUGGCAUCAGCCACAUUCCUGCUGUCUUCUUAUUCUCUUAUGAUUCCAAGACUGUCACUUUAUGUCUAUUCUCUCCAAAAGGGCACUCCAUUAAGCAGACUUGAAUAUAUUUGUAUUAUUUUUGUCAUUCAAAUGUAACUCUUCUAAUUUCAGGGUCAAUUGCAUUUCUAAACCACAAACUAAUCUUUUUCGGCGUUUUGUCAAAGUUCACUGUGCUUCCUAUGGAUUCUGCUCGGUCUCUCGGGAAUUCAGUGUUGCUACAUCUGCCUUCACAUUUCAUGCCUUAACUAACAGAUAUCAAGCUGAUAUGAAGAUUUAUGGCAGCUACACUGCAGCAUUAUUAAGUAUGAAUAAAAAAAGAUCCAACUGAUGUUGUGCAAGCACUGAGUGAAGUCAUUCUUGAGGCUAAGAGCACAUCAGGAAGAGCUGUCCUCACAAACAUAUGCUCCUUUGUUUUUUUCUUUCUUGGUGCAAAUGAAUCAUUUUUGGCCUAAUAUGGAAGACUUGAAAUAUAUAUUUUGCUACAAAGUACAGGUUAAUACAUCUUAUUACAAAUUAAAAAACCUUUUAGUUGAAACAAAAGUCUGCUAAGACAACAAAGUAAAUUCUUAAAUUUUUGAUUAACAGUUGAAGUGAAAAACCUCAUAAACGUUUGUUGGAAGUAAAGACAAAUAAAUGUCCAAAAUGUUUGAAGUCCUUCAUAUGUGUUAUGCUUCCUGCUGUCACUUUGUUGUCAUUUGGCCUUUUUUAAAAAAAAAAAAAAAAA